AUGGCACCUAGAAGCAAGGCUAAAAAGCAUAAAGAUUUUGAGAAAGUAAAACUGAAAGUUGGAAAAACCGUAAGCAAACCCUCAAAUGUCACGAACACUGCAUUCCAAUCCAAAAGUAUUCGUGUCAAAUCACAGCUACUAUCGGGCCAAAAUGAUGACCAAGAAUUUUUCAAACUUCUAUCGCUUUUAAAGCAUCACUCAUCAUCAUCAAGACAUGAAGUUCUUGCCCAAAUUGAAAGAGAGAUUGAGAAGCAUGAUUCCAAUAAUAACUUCCCAUUUGAUCAGCUUGUCAGCAAACUCAAGCCUUUGAUUCUAGACCAGUCCAAAGUCGUCAGAGAACGUUGCGUGGUUAUUUUAAAAAAGCUGGCCAGCACAAAAACAGAACUCUUGGUGUUGCAUCAGUCGUCUAUUGUCCUAUUUGUACUUUCAGGUAUGAGCCACAUCAGUCAGUCGAUAAGAAACGAUAGUGUCAGGUUUCUAGAUAUAUUUAUCGAUCCCGAGCACCUUUCUCUGACGAAUGCAGUAGUACGAGACCAUUGGGGCAAGAUAUUACGAAACUUUGUGCAAUUGAUAGGAUGGAGGACUAGCGAGCAACAACAACUAACUUUACAUUCUACAAGCUUCAGAGUUACCACUAACACUGCAACCCUAAAUUCUUCAAAGAGUGCAGCUACUAAAAGACACGAAAGGUUGUUUCAGCUUGAACUUUUGAGCAGGCUUCUAGAACUUGGCGCAAUGAGAGCAAGCAGGCAUGAACAUGACAUGGAUAAUAUACUCUUCAGCCAAAGCUCACAAAUUCAUCCGACGACUUCUGCUUAUAUGAAUCCUAGUGGCACCGACCCUUUCGGCAAUUUGAAGUUGCUGAGAUAUCACAAUCCACCAACAAGCCUGGAAGUAACGGUCUCGAAAUCGAGAGAACAGCUUCAAAAUCAUUAUGUACACAAGACGACAAACAUCAACUUGGAGGAUUACUCGUCUCAUGAUUUGAUAAAUCGUCGCAAACUAUUGAUGGAACUAUAUUAUGAAGGUAUUCUCGAGGGUGUCAUCGAAAUUCUAAAUGAUGAUGACAGUGACUCGGAAUUGAGAUCAGCUGCAUCAUCACUUGAAAGGAUCUUGAAAGAAGUCGCGCUUCAACACAACGAAGAUGUGUAUUAUUAA